UCGCAUGGGUGCGACCGCGAAGAACGCGGCCCCGGGCCCCGAGCGCCAGGAGCGGUGGCAGGAGGCCGAGGGAGGGGCGCCGAGCCGAAGACUUUGUCCCGAAUCCCUUUUCCUCCCUAGACUUGCGAGAAUGCGUCACCCAGGGCGCUGGGGCGUGCGGUCUCUGAGGGCAGCUGCCGGUUUUUCGCGUCCUCACUGCGUUUUGGCAGCUGUUCCUGCCUGAAGUGGAUGUGUACCCCGCGCGUGGAGGAGGCGGACCCCAAAGCGUUCGCAGCCUCUGGGGGCCGGGCCCCGCGGGAGCCCGCUUCUCCGCACGCACCAGCCGGCGCUUUGGGAGGCUGACAGUGUUGUAAACACGCUGUCAGUUGUGUAGGAGUCUGGAGGUCAUCUCUCACGAGGUCGUCGGGGCGAUGGCAUUUGCACGGACGUUGCAGGGCCUUCGAGGUUGCAGGAAUAAUAAUAACUAACAUUUGUGUGCGUAUCAUGGCCAGCAGUGUUCUAAGAUCAUCUACCCUUUGGUGCAGACGAAAAAGCAAGUAGCAAUUGGACAGGAGGAGAAUGGCACUGAAGCAGAUUUCCAGCAACAAGUGCUUUGGGGGAUUGCAGAAAGUUUUUGAACAUGAUAGUGUUGAACUGAAAUGCAAAAUGAAAUUUGGUAUCUAUUUACCACCAAAGGCAGAAACUGGAAAAUGUCCUGCACUAUAUUGGCUGUCAGGUUUAACUUGCACAGAACAAAAUUUUAUAUCAAAAGCUGGGUAUCAUCAGGCUGCCUCAGAACAUGGCCUUGUCGUCAUUGCCCCAGAUACCAGCCCUCGUGGCUGCAAUAUUAAAGGAGAAGAUGAGAGCUGGGACUUUGGCAGUGGUGCUGGAUUUUAUGUGGAUGCUACUGAAGAUCCUUGGAAAACUAACUACAGAAUGUACUCUUACGUAACGGAGGAGCUUCCACAACUCAUAAAUGCCAAUUUUCCAGUGGACCCCCAAAGGAUGUCUAUUUUUGGCCACUCCAUGGGAGGCCAUGGAGCUCUGAUUUGUGCUUUGAAGAAUCCUGGAAAAUACAAAUCUGUGUCAGCAUUUGCUCCAAUUUGCAACCCAGUGCUCUGUCCUUGGGGCAAAAAAGCCUUUAGUGGAUAUUUGGGAACAGAUCAAAGUAAAUGGGAGGCUUAUGAUGCUACCCAUCUUGUGAAGUCCUACCCAGGUUCUCAGCUGGAUAUACUAAUUGACCAAGGAAAAGAUGACCAGUUCCUUUCAGAUGGACAGCUACUACCUGAUAACUUUAUAGCUGCCUGUACAGAAAAGAAAAUCCCUGUUGUUUUCAGAUUACAAGAGGGUUAUGAUCAUAGCUACUACUUCAUUGCAACCUUUGUUACCGAUCACAUCAGACAUCAUGCAAAAUAUCUGAAUGCAUGAAAAACUUCAGAUGAGAGAAUCUUCAGGAUUAUAAAAUUAUAAUUAACAGAAUUGCAAGGAAAAAAGAUUUUAAAACAUUGGAUUUCAUAAUGCCAAAAAAUACUUCAUUCUGUAGUUGAAUCGCCCUCUGAGUAAAUAUAUCAAACC